GGCGGGCUCGGCACGGCGGCGGCGGGAGAUGCGAAGCGGGGCCGGCUGCUCUCCCUGCCGCCCCACGCCAUGGCUGCCCGGCAGCGGAGCCCUCACGGCGCCGAGACCGCCAGAGAUGGAAAUAACGGCUCUGUCUUGUCUGCCGGCAGCCCGCAGUCUGCCCCUCGGUGGUGCCAGGGGAGGAAGCGCGGCGCGGAUGGGAAGCGGCGGAGGCAGAGCCAAGACGGCGGGGAGGCGAGGGACGAGAGCUCCGGCAGGGCUGCCGACGGCAGGCUGGGCAGUUUUACAACACCAGAAGGCCCUGGCCCCCUUUCCCGGUGUUCAGACUGGGGAACUGCAGUGGAAGAAGAUGAAAUGAGAACCAACGUUAACAAAGAAAUUGCAAGAUACAGAAGAAAACUCCUGAUAAAUGAGUUUUCAAGGGAAAGGAGGUCCUCUUCUGGAAGUUCUGAUUCAAAGGAGUCCACUGCAACAGUAGAACUUGAGACGGAUGAAGUGGUUUUGAUGAGAAGACAAAAACAGAUAAACUAUGGAAAAAAUACGAUUGCGUACGAUAGAUACAUUAAAGAAGUUCCUAGAUGCCAUCGUAUACCAGGAGUUCACCCCAGAACUCCAAAUAAAUUUAAGAAGUACAGCCGUAGGUCAUGGGACCAGCAAAUAAAACUGUGGAAAGUUGCACUGCAUUCCUGGGAUCCACCUACUGAAGAAGGAUGUGAUCUGCAAGAAAUUAGUCCUGUUGACCUUGGUGAGAUGGAGACAGAAUCCGUAGGAAGCCAUUCUACAGAAUCUCAAACGAGCUGUCAAGAUAAUGAUGAUACCUGUUCUGGCACUCCCACCAAAGUUAGACACAUUGACUAUCAAGCAGAAGGUGAAUUUGACUUGGAAGCCUGUUUGAGUGAGCCACUUAAAGAUUUCAAUACUUUGUCCACCUGCAGAUCAAGAGCAAAAUAGGGAAAUGUUUUUCAGCAUCUGUAUGUCAUUUUGCUUUUCCAUCUGUCUCUACAAAGAUCCGUCUGGAAGUAAUGCAGGCGGUAGCUGAAGCAUACUGCUGAUUAGUACUAGUAUACUUGUCUGUUGCAGUCACUAAAGUUUAAACUGCCUUACCUUUUAAAAACAAACAAAAAAACAGAUUCUUUUAUUUGCAAAAAUGUUUCUGAAACAAUUGGAGAAGAAUUACUCAAGAAAUUAGUCAAUAUUGUAAAGACUAGGUAGCAGUAAUAUUGUUUUAAGAAGCAGUAGCCUGAAUUUGAAAUCUGUAAAUAUUAAUGAGUUGUUUGUUAAUACAGUCAAGAAAACAAAAUGUUUAGGGAAAAUAAUUGAUGCUUUUUAAUUUGCCGAUUUUAAAUGUAAAACUUGUAAAUGAUAACACUGUACAGACUUUCUGCUGAAAGCAGUUAAUGUUUCUAUUGCUUUUGUAUGGGAUGUUGCUGGAAAAUAAAUGGAUGUGAAUUUA